GUCAACAUAAGGCGAAGAGAAAAAUUGUACCACUUCCUGAUGUGGCUCAGAUAAAUCACGUCCGCUUCAUAAAUGUAGAAUAUUCAAAUUUAGUCUUCGGUUUGAAUCGCAGUGUGAUCGUUUUUUGACGGAAGCAGGUGCUGUAUAGUUUAUGGAAAAGAACAUCAUAGUGAAACGGUUAGCCUGCGCGGAGAUUAGGACUAUGCAAAUUUUCGUACGAUGGAUGCCAAAAUAAGUGCAUACGUCGCUCGUCUAAAGAUCUAAGAUAAGGAUUCUGCUACACAUCUGUGCGAUUCAGCUGGGUGGAAUAAUCUUUCGACGACUUUGUUGAUUCAGUUGUCUAUUGAUACAUAUUGCCACUGGGAAGCCCCAUUGCUCACUGUAAUAACUGGAUUCGAUUGUGCUUCGUUUCGAUAAGAAACAAAUAUAUUGUCUAAACUUCAAAUCGUGCAUGAUUAUAUUUACUUUCACAAGUGUACUCUUAUGGAUCUACGAAAAGAACACGUAUCCGUGCUGCUGCCGAUCAACAGUAGCGAUUCGACAGCCGGAAUUGGUUCAAGGAAGAGCCUAAGAAGGCAUUGGAAUCAGCUGUCCAGAUUUCAGAAGAAUCUGAUAUAUAUCGUGUCGGUGGGGGUUUGUAUAUUUCUUUUUUUCCUCAUACCGUACGACGAUGCCGCUAGUAGACAAUUGAAGCCGGAACAGCCACUGGAGCAUAUUCAGAUAGCGCCAUUCAAAGACCGGCAUGAAAAUUUGGGCCAGCUCCAUCUUGCGGAGGCACAACAGGAACGAUCAGAUAAGCGCAAUUUGCGCUCCACGGAAUCUAUCGCCUUUGAGGAACCCAAACUGCAAGAUGAUAACUUUGGCAACGAUAACCGUGUCAUGGAAAGAAGAAACAUUAUCGAUGAGCCGCCCGUGGCCAAUGAUGGCAACGGUAAUCAGGCGCCUCCGGAGGCUGUUAACCUACGAAGCGACCCUAGUGGCCAACCCAAGGAAAUCGUUGAUAACGCAGAGAAUGUACUGGAGGAGAACCGUCACCCCGAGGGGGUUAAAGAUUUUAAGGGACCCACCAACGAGCGCCAGCGGGCGGUGGUGGAUGCGUUUCUACACUCAUGGAAAGGCUACAAAGAGUACGCAUGGGGACACGACAACCUGAAGCCUAUCUCGAUGAGCUACUCGGACUGGUUCGGGCUCGGUUUGACCAUUGUGGACGGUCUUGAUACGAUGUACAUUAUGGACCUGCAGGCGGAGUUCGAUGAGUCGCGCAACUGGGUUGAGCAGUAUCUGCGCUUCGACGUCAAUCGUGACGUGAAUUUAUUCGAGGUUACUAUCCGAGUACUGGGAGGGCUCUUGAGUGCUUACCAUCUAAGUGGCGACAAAAUGUUUCUCGAUAAAGCGCUAGAUCUGGGUCAGCGGUUAUUGCCCUGUUUUGACUCACCCUCGGGUAUUCCCUAUUCGGAUGUCAACAUCGACACGAUGAAAGCGCAUCCACCAAAGUGGUCCCCGGAUAGCUCCACCAGUGAAGUAACAACCAUUCAAUUGGAGUUCAGGGAUCUGUCCAGGAGUACUUUAAAUCCAGUGUUUGAAACAGCUGCUUCCAAGGUGAACGUGAAAGUACACGAGUUGGAGAAGAACGAAGGAUUAGUGCCAAUUUUCAUCAACGCCAACACUGGUCAAUUUAGAAACUUUGCUACUAUUUCUCUCGGGGCGAGGGCAGAUUCCUAUUACGAGUACCUCCUGAAGCAGUGGCUCCAAACUGGGAGGAAAAACGACGACUUUCUGAUCGACGACUAUCAAACCGCGAUUCGAGGCGUGAUUAAUCAGCUGGUACGAACAACACCGAAGGAAAAGCAUCUCUACAUCGGGGAACUGAUUGGUGGUAAAACUUUUAAGCCUAAAAUGGAUCACCUCACGUGUUACCUCCCGGGAACAUUGCUGCUCGGCUAUAAAAACGGCAUGCCGAAGUCUCACCUUAAACUGGCCACCGAUCUGCUGGAAACGUGCUACCAGACGUACAUGAAGCAACCAACACAGCUAGCACCAGAAAUUUCCUACUUCAAUCUGAACGGCGAAUCGGAAUAUGACAUUUACGUCAAGACAAACGAUGCCCAUAAUUUACUGCGACCGGAGUUCGUCGAGAGUUUGUACUACUUCUACGCAAUCACCGGUAACAAGACCUACCAGGACAUGGGCUGGACAAUCUUUGAGGCAUUCAAUAAAUACACCAAGGUAAAGAACGGCUACACGUCCAUUGGCAACGUUAAGAACCAGCUCAAUACUCGACCGCGUGAUAUGAUGGAGAGUUUCUGGCUGGGCGAGACGCUCAAGUACUUCUAUUUACUGUUUAGUGACGAUCGAUCGGAGAUAGACCUCGAUAAGUAUGUGUUCAACACGGAAGCACAUCCUCUGCCUAUUCGGCAGGAGUGAAUGCUGCCGAGUGGCCUAUUGUAAAGUUAGUAGUAUACUGUCACUCUUGGGAUAUUGUUAAAUAGUUUGUUUUCUUAAAUAGAACUAUUCACUUCGAUCCAUCGCCAAUCGGCGUUAGAACCCAUUUCCGGUAGGCAAAACAAGUUCAAAAUCUUACACAGCUUAUUCCGUGCUGGUAAAAUAUAGUGAUUAAACAUAGCGAGAAAAGAACAUAAUAUUCAAUACUGAAAAUAGUAAACCAUCAGUAUCCACUGUUGCAAUAGUCUUUGACCUAUUCGGACAAAGAAAACGUUUUCUUUCUCAUAUAUUAUUUAUAUUUUUUACACUUUCGAGUAGAUAGUUACAGUAGACAGCAUUGUAGUUUAAACUGUUGAACUUUUAUUUUAAAACUCAUGUUCGAAGUAGGGCGUAAAACAACUUAGCUAAGUACCUAGUUCGUAAUGUUAGGUAAUUCGCACAUGGCAGGAUACAAUGUGAGAUAGUUUCUAAAACAGUCUAGUCACGAUAUUAUUGAGGCAACGUGGUGCAGUCCUACGGUACAGCGCCGCUUGUUGGUGGCGACACCAACCGAACGACGAAGGGAAGGAAUUGUUUAGAACUGUAAGGUCUUUGAUAUUAUGAUCAAUAAAGGUUUAUUCGUUGGCUGUCUUUUUAA